AUGGAUGAAUGGAAGAUGAGGUGCUUCAGGAAUCUUCGUGAUAGUCGUUUGCAGAACACCAGCAGCAACCCUUUAGCCCUCUUCAAGAAAUCUGUGAGUGUGUAUAGUAAACAUCCGAGGGUGGGGACAAGAAGAAUAAAUGUGUUCCCUUUGCUCCUCUUCAUUGUUGUUCUUGCUGCCCCCUAUGAGAUGGGAGGUUUGUGUACUUGUGGUGCACAAGUACAUGAAUUUUAGACCUCAUUUCAUACAGAUGCCCUCCAGCUGAAGGAGGAGAAGCAGAACAACAAGGGGGGUGGCCUCAGCCAGCAUGCUCAUUCAUGAUGCCUCCUCUUUCAGUAGCAGCCUGUAUGGUGGGAUGCAGCCAUCCUCUUGUCACAAACUUCCCAGUUCCUUAUUUGGACAGGGCUGGGGCAUUGCAGGGUGGUGGCAAGCUCAGAAUUCCACUGGCACUCUGAUGGAGCCAUUUCCAAUGGUGUAUUUGCACAGCCCUGACCUCACUACCACCCUGCUCCAUCCAGAUAAGCCGCAGCAAUGCCAGUGUUUGGAAGGUGUUUCAGGAAGAGCUACUCUUACAGGCAAAUUCAGAAUAACAGGAACGAGUGGUUCAAAGCCAGGUGCGAUGUACUGUUACAUGGAAAGUCUACAAAAUUUUGGAUUCAUUUCUGUAAUGUUUCAAAUGUAUAUGUAGAGGCCAAAAUGUUGUGUCCUGCCAUAUAUAAUAUAUCUCAGCAUAUUCUUUUUUUCCACUUAAACAUAAUGAAUUUAUGGUUGUGUUCCCGCACCAAUUUCUAAUCUGUGAAAGAGCAAGAUCGCCAUCUGUAAAACUGAUCCUGUGGUUUUAUUUCAAUGUAGUGGAUCAUUAUAUGACUUAAUUAAAGUCAGCACCUUCCAAUAACCUCAUCUUUCUAAGACAUAUAUUCUAAUGCUCACAGAGCAGUCUAAUUGGCUUUCAAAACUGCCUCAAAGCAGCCAUUCAACAAAUGAUUCAUAUAUAACCUCUUAAAAUAUUUAAGCUGUUUCGAGCCUUUGAAAUAUAAUCACUUCUGUAAACAGAAUAAAUCUCAAGAUACUUCCCCAAAUAUAUUAUGUUUCAUUAUACAAAAAAGUAACUUUUGCUCUGUAAAAUAUACGCUGUAAAAUAUAUGCAGAUUUAUAUCUAUGCUUGCUAUUUAAAUGAAAUUUAAGGGUUGUUUCCCCCCUCUUUUGACUUAGACCCACAAGACUUUAGUUUCUACACAAUAACUCUACUAGGCUGUUGAUUGUUGCAAAUAGGCUCUCCCCCCCAAAAAAAGAAAAUAUAAAAAUGCAAAAAUAUACACAAAACAAAAAGCAAUUAGAAUAUGUAAAUGAUGUAAAUCUGUUUACACUUGCAAGACAGCCCUUUUUGCUCUUUCUCUCCAUGCAAUCAUUCUUAACCAUGUCUGGCUACCACUUCAUGUGGAGAAAUGCAAUGUGUAUAAAGGCAUAUAUUGAAUCAUAAAUCACCUGUUGUUUAAAUUACAGAGAACCAGUUUAAAUUGUUUGUGGUGCAAUCCUAUACAUUGUCUACUCAGAAGUAAGACCAGUUUAGUUCAAUGGGGCUUUCUUUCUGGAAAGUGGGUAUAAUAGCAUUGCAUUUGGAAAUUCAAUUGUAUGGGCAUAGUUGCCUCUGUUGUAAGAACUGUCAGUUUCUUCUGGCCCUCUGUUUCCAGUUCUUCCACCUGAUUACAGGAGCAGUCUUCUUAUUCCAUGACGAAUAGGCUCAGCAAUGAACAUUUGAGAAGAGGCUCAGUCAAAGGUGUUUUGGAAGUCCAAGUAUAUCAUAGAAUCAUAGAGUUGGAGGGGACCCUGAGGAUCAUCAAGUCCAACCCACUGCAAUGCAGGAAUAUGCAGCUGUCCCAUACGGGAAUCGAACCUGCAACCUUGGCAUUAUCAGCACCACGCUCAUCAUACAGGGAUGAGAAACCUGUAGCCUUCCAGGAGUCAUUGGACUCCACCUCCCAACAGCCCCAGUCAGCAUGUCCCAUGGCCAGGGAUGAUGGGAACUGUAGUUCUACCAACAUUCUAGAGAGCCACAAUUUCUCUAUCCCUGGUAUAAUAGCUAGUGGAUUAAAUCCACAUGUCAGUUACACUCUAAAAGACAAUAAGGCCAGUAAAGCAAGACUGCUCACUGCACAAUCUACAUGGAUUUGCCCUCAGUAUGGCUUGUUCUUGUGUAUUUAAACACUCCAGCUUAAAUCAAUCUUUCUACCAAUUUACCAUGGACAGAAGUUAGGCUGACUCGUCAGCAUUUUGUCACACACCCUCUGUGCCUCAGAUCCUUUCUUUCAGGGAAAAAAAAUGGUGUAGCCUUGGCAUCCUUCCAGUCCUCUGGCAAGGAGGCUGAAUUUAAUUACGCUGAAUAUUUUUGCUAAAACAGUCAGCAAUUUCCCAUUUGAACUCCUUAAGCACUCUUGGGUAGAUGCCAUCCAGGCCCAGUGACUUGUUCAUUUUGAAUUUUGAGCUCUAAAACUCCAUCCUUGGUCACCCCUUUCCAGCUCCCCAAUCAGUAGAUUCAGGUGUGACUAUCCAACCAGGGCUUAGCUGAAAUUCAAUUUUUCCUCUUCUUUGAGCUCUUACUAAACUUUUGGAGAAUUUCAGUUCUCCCCUGAAGGAAGCUAUGGGCUUUCUCCCCUUUUCUUCCAGUUUAUCUCUAUCAAUUCAUGUCUUCCUCCAUAUACCAACAUGAAUUAACUAUAAAGUUUCAAUCAAUCAUGAGCGAGUUAACAUAUCACAGAAUAUCAUUUUUAAGGGGGGAAACCAAUGUUGAAUCCAAUGGACAAAGCAACCCCUGUUAUGUCAGGUUCUGCAUGUAUGGAUUGGGCAGAGACAACUCCGUUGGCCAAGUAAGCCUCCAACUGGCUGCCAACCAUAUAAUGAUGUAAGCAUUACUCUGCCAUUCUACAGCUUCUGUUUCCACCCGCUGAAAGUCAAACAGAAGUGUCACUGGCAAGAUCCCUAUCAGUGGAAGGCCCUGGAAUGGGGGUGGGGGUUUCUGGAGACAGGGAGGAGCGGAGGCAGCCCAGAAUUCCUUGGAUCCCAAGCCCUACUGCCAUCAUGGGAUAGCACUGGGCCCAAUAACUAUGCCAGAUCCAAACUGGUACACUGAUAAUCUUGUAUUCUGGCCACAUCGGGGCCAAGGAUGUAGCAGUGGUCUCACUGGUCUGUAAAGCCCCAUUGGAUAUGACUAAGUCCACUGAGUUCAGUGGAUGUACUUACUUGGAGACAACCUUUGGAGAUCCUUAUAUCCCCACACCACAGGGGCGCCAACCAUAAGGGGCUCUGGGUGUCCGAGCACCCAAAAAAAAUUGUUGUGGAUGCUCAGCACCCACACUGCAGGGCCCCUGAUGCAACUUUUGGUGCUUCAUGAAGACACAUCUGAGGCCUCACGAGACCUCGGAAUCCAGAUUCCGAGCCUGGGAUGCAUGUAUGACAUCACGAUGACACAUUGCAACAUGACAUCAUGAUGUCACACACACUGGGCACCCAUAAACUGGGGUCCAGGUUGGCUCCUCUGCCACACCAUGAAUAUUCAACAAGACGAUCCCAUCCCCAAUUUGCUCUUCACUAAUAAGAGAGCAAUUCUACAAUUUUUCAUUCUUCUACAAUGAAGAUCAAUGAAAAAAGAAGAAGAAUUCCGCUUCUCAGCAGUCUCCCUGAUAUCCUUCCUCACUCCUUUCAUAGUACAUGGCUGCAAUCUUUUGCUUAGUAACCUGGUAGGAAACGCCCCUGAACUGCUUGCUGAGACUUAUUUAUGAGUAAACGCAUAUACAUAGAAGUGUUCUGUAGAAGUCCUACAAUCGCCUUGGUUGUUCUUGUCCCCUAACCCCUGCUCUUUGUAUUUUUAAAGAAAUGCUUGCUUUCAUGCUUCUAGUAUAGUGGUUUUAAAUCACCUCCAAGUUCAAUCCUCCUGACUCUUCCCUACAACUUCUUCAUGACUUACGUUUUUAUUUCUGAAGCAGUCCCUCUCCUGAAAUUAAAUGUGACUGCACCGGACUUUCUAGACAGUUUCUCAUUCACAUAAACAUUGGAUUUCAUAGUGUUGUGGGCACUCUGCCCAAGCCGUUUGGCAACUCUCUGCAUAUAUAAGAACAUAAAAAAAGUCCUGCCGGAUCAGACCGAAGAUCUACUGAGUCACAUUGGUCAACCAGAUGCCUAUGGGAAGCCAGAGAGCAGGAUCUGAGCAUGGUGCAUAGGUUUGUACUGUUUGUCAUGAGUCAUCAUGACAACUCAUUCCACUAAGUUGUCUUUGUCAGCUAAGGCACCAUCUGCACUGUACAUUUAAAGCAAUAUCCCUUUAAAUUGUCAUGGUCCUUCCCUCCCCGCAGUAUUAUGGGAGCUGUAGUAGCUGAGGCUGGGGCAGUUCCAAUCUUCAUUUAAUUGUUGAGCUCUGAUUUUCAAAAGUCCAACAGCAAGCUGUUUGGGCACUAGGUAACAUCACCAGAGACUGUUCUGAAUGCCUUGAUUAUGUCCUCAACUGUGGAUGCUGAAAGUUGUUAGGGGACUCCUACUCCCCGCAGAGAUCCAGAGAUCUAGAAUUCCCAGAGUUCCUUGGGAAGAGGGACUGAUUGAUGCUGAGGAUUAUAGCUCAUUGUCGUAAUCAUUUUCAGUUUGAUGUGCAGGUAUGCACUAGCUGAGUAAGCUACAGUUUAGGGCCUCAGAAUAUGUGGCUCAUCUAAACGCACAUUUGCACUGAAACACACAAACAUAUCUUCCCUGAAUUUCAAGUUUAACAUAAUUGGAUAAAAAGAAGAAAGAAAACAGGGAAAACAGACUCUAUAAUAGACAUUAUCGUUCUGAAAAGACAAAAAUAUACUUAAUGGCUACAAUUAUCUGUCAUAUUAAAUUCAUAAAUCUGUGCAGAAAAACUACAAUAUCGUUUUCGUGUAUGCUAAAUAAGAAACUGUGAGGUAUUUUCAUUUAAAGGUAUUUCUUAUGCAAAUAGGCUAAUUGCAAAAGAUAUGUUUUAGCUAGAUGGUUAGGUUUUAGUUGCAUCUUCACUGGUGCGCUGGCAUGCAUGCAAAUCUAGAAGUUUAUUAUUUCUCUUUCCUUUGACCUUUCUGUAAGAAUAAUUAACUUUCCUUCUUUUUUUUGGUACAACUAUGGGCCCUCUUAAACUUGACAUAGCCUAGGACCUCAGCAUCUCUUAAUCUGGCCCUGAGUGCAAUCCUGUGUAUAUUUGCAAACAAGGAUGUCCCACUGUGUUCUGUGAGGUUUAAUGCCCCCUAGUGAGUGGAGGGGUGUUUCCAGCCCACCUAGGCACAAUGAUUUGUUUCAUUGUAUCUAAAAAGUUCAUUUAUUUGUGUGAAUGUACAUUUACACAGACAAUAGGAGAGGACAUGCUCUUUCUUGUAGCUUAUUGCAACACUGCCAUCUAGAGUAAUCCUUUGAUGGAAGAAGCACAUGGCCACAGUGGAUACUGGGGCUUUGGCCCCAAGACCAGCUCUGCUGCAUCAAGGAGUUGCCUCAUCAGCUUGCUUGUGUAGUUAUUUGUCAAGUUAUUGCCAGAGAGGCAUGGGAAGGAUGAACAGGAGAGAGGCUUGGAUUCUGCUGGGGGAAUGUAUGUACAGUGUUCAUCCCUGCAAAGAAAGAUGUGAGCACAACUAUAUUCAUGGUGGCUUGGACAUUAAGGGAAAACAUGCACAGUAAGCUGAUGUUUCUCAUGUUCUAAAUGGUCAGGUUUUUAUUUUACUUCUACACACUGCCAGCUUCAUGGGUUUGAUAUGCUGAUUUAAGACUUUUGGACUUUGGGAGUUAAAAACGUUAAGGACACUGAAAACCAUUUAAAAACUAGCCACGUACCCUCAAGGAAGAUGGUGUGGAAGCUAGUGCGCAAUGCCAGGGUCUGAGUGAGUUUUGCUCUUUAUUGGGCACAAGUCAAGCCAAUACAAAAGGAUCUUCACUGGCUGUACCAUAUACAUCUAAAGUCCUAAACAGCUCUGGAGCAGGUUGUCUGAAAGACAGUCUUCCCCCUCCAGAGUCUGGUAAGGGUGUUAAAAUCAUCAAAUGGAAACCAGUCAGUUUUGCCUAAAGAUUAUGAACCUGCAAAGGUGGAAUUUUUUACUAGUAGCACCAGGAAUAUGGGACACUUUCCCUGCUGAAAUACAAGACAUUCCACCUUCUCUUGUACAGAUAGGCAUUCCUCUAAUCUCCUGACCCAAACCUCCUGAUCUAAUUGUUUUAAUUGUUGCUUUAACUUUUAUUAUGCUAUAAUGGGCUUGUAUUAUUUUACAUUUUAAUUAUGGAUGUUUUUAAACUGCCAGUGAUUUUUAUUGUGCAUUUUAAUUAUGUGUUGCUUGAAAACCACUUUAAAGACAUUUUGGCAAGUCACUGGGAUAUAAAUAAAUAAAUAUAAUAACAAAAAGAUAAGGGGGAAUCUUGGCCAUCUCAUCUAAAUUAAGGUAAAUCAUCUCUCUCUCUCUCUCUCUCUCUCUCUCUCAUACACACACACACACAAUUAUGAAAAUGUUGCCUGCCUCCUAUAUAGUUGUCGUUGUUACAUAAGUAUAUCCCACCUCUCUUUCAAGGAGCUCAAGGUAAUGUUCAAGGUUCUCUCCCUCCUCAUUUUAUCCUCACAGAAACCCUGUGAAGUAUAUUAGUCUGUGAGAUAGUGACAGGAGAAGGUGACAGGUGAAAGAUAACAGGAAACCACACUGAGCAAGCUGGAACUAACUCUUCAUUAGCAAAAACAGUAUCUGCAUAGGAGUGUCAGGCCGCAUGAGCACAGCAACUCUUCUCUGGCAGGUCUGGCCCCCAUGAAGCAGUUAUGGGGACUGAUGGUCCCUGCCUCCCCACAGAUGCCUAAAUCCCCUCCUCUCCAGGGUUUCCCCCAAGCAAUCUGAGAUCAUGCCUGCGUGAAGCUAACUUCUCCUCCACCCUUUUCACACCUCUUCUGGUUCUGGGAGACUAGGGAGGAGGGCAGCUCAUUGCAGCAAGAGGGGGAGACACCCGUGCCUUUUCACUAGCUGGACUCAUCUCUGCCCCUUGGCCUCCUUCCCUUCCUGCUUCAGCUUUUGCCUCGGAGUCUGGACUGCUCUUUGCCACAGACCCACCCACUGGCACACUAAGCCCUGUUAGCUCUUCAGCAUCCGACACCCCCCCCGUCUUCUCCCUCUGACCCCUCAUCAUCAUUCCACCACCAACCCCCCGAUUCUGAGCCUUCUUCCCUUGUGGGUUCCCCAGGUGGUCCUCCCACAUUCCUCUGCAUCCAACCAGCCCAUGAAACAAGAUCACCCGGUGAGCUUCGUAACUGAGUGGAGGAUUGAACUCUAGUUUCCCUGGAGUUAAUCCAACACUCCAGCCACUGGACCCCACUGGCUCUCUUUUCCAUUUUCUGACUGGUAAAUAGUCAUGUGGGGACACGGGUGGGGCUGUGGGUUAAACCACAGAGUCUAGGACUUGCCGAUCAGAAGGUCGGCGGUUCAAAUCCCCACAACGGGGUGAACUCCCAUUGUUCAGUCCCUGCUCCUGCCAACCUAGCAGUUCGAAAGCACGAAGUGCAAGUAGAUAAAUAGGUACCGCUCUGGCGGGAAGGUAAACGGCGUUUCUGUGCGCUGCUCUGGUUCGCCAGACGUGGCUUAGUCAUGCUGGCCACAUGACCUGGAAACUGUACCUCGGCCAAUAAAGUGAGAUGAGCGCUGCAACCCCAGAGUUGACCACGACUGGACCUAAUGGUCAGGGGUCCCUUUACCUUUACCUUUAAAUAGUCAUGUGAGCGAUUGGGAGCUAGUUGUCCCAGCAUUAAUGCUGGUCGCCUGGAUUUCAAAUGUGGAUAGUAAAUGUGCCUGAAAAUCAAACACCCAUAUUUGGUGUGCGUCCCUCCACUUCCAUAUCAUUACUCAAGAAAUUUACUUGGAAGUAAGCCCAACCCACUGGGACUUAAAGCCACUAAGUAUGGCAGCCUCCAUUAAAAUGCAACAACAGCAUACCACACUUUGGACUAUUAUAGGCUUUUACACCCUUGCUCAAUGAAGUGGGAGUGUAGAUGAAUGGUUUAGGCAUUAAGGAACCAAAUAUAACAUUUAUAUUAAAACAAAACCACAGUUUUAUUCAGCUGCCUAUCACUUCAUUUUACAACUAAAACGGAAAUAUGAAGCUGCCAUCCCACUAAUUAAUUAGCAAUUCAUUUAUUAUAGUCUGAAAUAAAUUUUCUCCACUUUGCUUACUCUGUGGGUUUCGAAAUGUGUUCUACAUUAUCCUGCAAUCAAGUAUGCUACAAUGAAAGAAAGGCGGUGGUGGUGGGGAAUCUUCACCUUAGCACAAAAGCAAGCUGUACUGGGAAGGGACCCGCCACCUCCAAUGCUCCUGGAGGAAUGUGACCAUCUGUGCCACUAAUGAGCUUGGGAUGCCUGCAGUUCACAGGUCAGAGAGAGCUGCCAACUUGUUGAAAGCAAAUGAGCCAGGCGGGGAUUCUAAAGGUCCUGAGGAGAACCCUGGAGGGCUGCCUCCAAGCUGUCAGUUGACUUCAGAAGAGGUCCAGCAGGAACGACACAGAGUGAUGGAAUCAGGGCUGACUGGAACAAUGUAGCGAAUCUGUGUCGUGGAUGACAGCUCCCAUCAGUCUCAGUGAAUGGGCCGUUUCAGUUGUGCACACUUUUUGGUCCAAAAAUUAUGAAUGGAAAAGAGAGAGCAGCACCCUUGAUACACAGCAAUGCUGCUCCAGAGUCCUGUGGGGCAUCAGUGCAUAUGUGGAAGCCCUGAAUGAAGUAAUGGCCCUUCACUUCCACGCUGAAUAAUGCUCCCCCUUUUUCCCUCGAUCCCAUAUACUGCGGAGUAUUCCCUGAGAAUAAAGUGAAUGGGCAACCAUUGUUCACACAUAACUUGUUGCUGGCAGACAAUGAAAGUCAGGAACUUGUUCGCUGAAGCUCCUGUAUAGGGGCUAUUUUGCACAGCAAUCUGUGUACAUUGUUCUUCAAAUGACAGAAAAGCACAAGGUUUGCUUGGGGUGUGAUGCUUUAUUGUUGGUUUUUGUUUUGCUCUUUAGAGUGUAAGAGAUUGCGCUUUCUCCUUACAUACACCCCACCCACUCUUUUGCCCUUUUCCAAGCAUGGCAGAAGGUGAUAAAAAAAUGGCUCCCCAAAAUGUGCUACUGUAUUUAGGUGGAGGGGGCUGUUCACCAGCUCUACAGACAGGGGCAGAAUUCAAGAGGGGGUUUUUGGGGGGUGGGGAGACAGUGGACAGAAAAUUCUCAGAUUAUUUCUUGAGAAAUUCUCUUCAGAUAAAUUUGGACUCCAUUAAUAGUGAAUGGAGGUCUUAUUUCUUAUCAGUAGAUGAAGUCAGCAAUGGACUAAGAGAGGAGGACAUCAAAUGAUUGCUUGCCUGCAUUAUGAGGCCACCCCAGAUUCAGCACCGUGGACAGAACUUUCAGAGCUCUUCCUGUAUCCCUCUGUGUCAUUUCAAACACAGUGUUAUUUUCCCCUUUAAUUGAGGCAGUUCACACAUUCAAUCACCAGCCAUCAGGAAAAGACAGCUCAGCCAAUUGCCUUGAGGGGCAAUGGACCAACCCCUAUCUCUGGAGGUCUUCUCAAGCUCCAUGGCUUUCUCUGGCUAAAAGGCCUUCUCCAAAUCUAAGAAAUCAGUGUGAUUAUAUGAAAUAACCCAUGGACUAGCAGAGCAACAUCCACCCACACAGCUUUGAAACCAAAUGCUGAAUUGUGGAAGUCAAAUCCUCUUCUCCCUAAAUCCAAGUUUGUUCCUACAAUGUGGGUCCCCCCCAAAAAAAUUAAGUAAUCAACAGGAAGUUAGAGAUGGUAGGUUUUUGUUUUCCCUCCAGCUGAGCAAUAGCUAGAGUGAGUGAAAAGCAAGCUCAUCUUGAAAGUUUUCAAAUAUAAAACUUUAACUCAGCAAAAUUUCAGGCAAAUAGCUAGCAAAAUUCAGAACUAUCACACAUUCUACUACUGCCUCUCAGUAGGCCAUUAUUACUUCGGUACUAAUGCUCAUCCAAUCUAUGCUUGACAUUUGAUAGUGAAAUGAUUGCUCAGCUCUGAGAGGGGAAACAAAAGCAAUCAAAAGGCAAACAGGAAUUUCCAAAAGCAGAGAAACACAGCGUUUAGAUGAUACAUUGAUGGAUGAGUUCUAAAUACACGGACAAAUAGAUAAAUCAUGGCAACAUUCGAAAAUGGAAGCUUUUAUGAGUACUUUGGGAGACUUUAACAAGCAACCUACAUAUACAUUCACAAGGUCUAAUCACAGCAAACAUCAUUCACUUUUUUAUAUGUAAAUAGCCCUAAUUCUCAUUCCAUUUCCAACUGUUUUGUAACUCAUAAAAUCACAAUAGCUCAACCUUAAUUAUCCAAAUUUUCUCAUUAUCCAAAAUAAGCAUAUAUCCCCCAGAGGGGUCCACAUCAAUGAGAGCAGAACCUUUGAUAUCCAGCAAUGCAUUUAUUUGAAUAUACAAGAUGUCAAGAAACCAUCCACUACUAAAAGACAAUAUGUUUUGCCAUUUAGUAUUUGCCAUCCUGCAAAGGUAUUCCGAGUGGAUACGUAAUUGACUUGCUACUCAAAAAACAUGACCUACACCUGGCACAUUCAAAAGCCAGGAGCUGCAUUUUAAGUAAACCAAAGCAGUCAGAGCUGUGAAGGUUAUCAGAAGCAAAACUUAAAUCAGGAAUUUGAUCAUGUUGGUGCCCCAUUAGCUUCCUCAUCUGGACUCUCCUACACUCAGGUUUUCCAAAGUAUGACAGAAACCUUACUAAGCAGAAACAGGUGAUUGGCAGGAGAUGCACAAACCUCUCCUUAAGCCCUCUUCCUCUUCUGAAAAUUCAUGUAAAAUUGAUUAGGACUGUCACUAAAUUAAAGAAAUUUUAGCUGGCCAGGCAUAUGAGUUUUAGGCAAUUUAACAAGAGUAGUAUUCCAUUCACCCAUUCUGUUAGUGCAAGGAAUUACAUUUGUCCAAACAAAUUAUGCCCUCCUUCCCUGUGCACACCCCAUGCCCUCCCCAAAUGUGCUGUGGGGGUUUGAGGAAAUACCUAGAACAGAUUUAUGGGGUGCAUGGGGGAAAUGGCAGAAGUAUGUUCCAUUUUGCAAGCAGAAAUCCUUGUGCUGAUGAAAGCACAAGCACUACUUUGGAGACAAGCCAAGUGUUUGCAUAAAUCUGCAUAUGCAUAAAAUCAAUAGUUCAGGAAAAAAGUGAUUCACACAAACACUGGUCAUUAUUUUAUAAAGGGUGUGUGUCAGUAGUCAUUUUAUUUAUUCUCAAUGGUUAGACUCCUCCAUGCAAUCAGGGAUCCUGCUUGAUCAGGAUCUCUGAUUGCCUGGAGAGUGACAUUCAAGGAAACACAAAUUGAAGCCCCUGAAGACCUUCCCUCCACAACACAGGAAAGGUGUUUGAGAAGGGUGAGACAUGCACUUGGUCACUGCAGGCAGGGUGUCCAUGUUUCUCCUCUUCCUUUUAACCAUUGCGUGCUCAGGCAAAAUGCUAAAUAAAUUCCCUUCACCAUCACUAUUAAUCACUCCCUCAUUAUCACUGUGCUGCUCAUCAUGAAAGAAUGCUUCUCUACAUUGGGAGGCAUUAAGGAUGCAUUCAUUUUCUCUGACAGAGUAAUUACAAAACUGAAUUUUUGUGAUUAUAGAAUAUAGAAAGAAUAUAGAAAGCUGCCUUAUCCAGAACUGUUUAUCCAAGUGGUCCAGUACUCUGAAUAGCAGCAGAUCUGAAGAUUCUCAGGUGAAUGGCUUUCGUAACUUCUGGUACCCAAUAUCUUUUUCACUGGAAAUGCAUUGGACCUGGGACUUUCAUAAAGGAGGUUCUACCCACUGAGCUAUAGAAAACACCUUCUCUGGGUAGCUAAGACUGAACUGGUGCAGUCACCACACCCUGAACAUGCAUGCCUUUAGUGGAGACUGGUCCAUUAGGGACCGCCUCUCUCCAUAUGAACCUACCCAGACCCUGAGAUCAUCUUCUGAGGCCCUCCUGAGGUCUGGAGGGUGGCAACAUGAAAAUGGGCCUUUUCUGCAGUGGCUUCCCAUUUUUGGAACGCUUUCCCCAGGGAGGUUUGGCUGGUGCCUUCAUUGUAUGCCUUUAGGUGCCAGGCAAAAAUGUUCCUCUUUAACCCAGCCUUUGGUUGAUUGACAUCCAAUGCCCUUUUAAAAUAUGUUGGGGGAUUAUUGGGUUGUUCUUGUUCUUGUUUUAAUUAUGUAUUUUGAGUUUUUAUAUUGUUAUUUUAAUCUUGUGAACCACCCAUUGAACCAGACCGGUAUACGAAUUUGUAUAAUAAUAAUAACAACAACAACCUCCAUCGUUCUGCCCAGACACUGAUGUUCAGCGCCGAGGGCCUUCCAGCGGUUCCCUCACUACGAGAAGACAAGUUACAGGGAACCAGGCAGAGGGCCUUCUCACUAGUGGCACCCACCCUGUGGAACGCCCUCCCACCAGAUGUCAAAGAAAACAGCAACUACCAGACUUUUAGAAGACAUCUGAAGGCAACCCUGUUUAGGGAAGCUUUUAAUGUUUAAUAGGUAUUUUAGUGUUCUGUUGGAAGCCACCCAGAAUGGCUGGGGAAACCCAGCCAGAUGGGCAGGGUAUAAAUUAAAAAUUAUUAUUAUUAUUAUUAUUAUUAUUAUUAUUAUUAUUGCCUUUAGCCUUAGCCUUUAUCUAGCCUCCCAUGUACCUGCUUUCUUACUUGCAACUAGUCAAGGGAGCAGCACUGCCUGUCGGCUUCCUCUUCUUUAGUUUCGGUGUUGCCCUUGAAGAACUUAGCAGGGAGGAGGAUAAGGACAAAAUAGCAUUAGUUGGCUCUGCCUGCCAUUGGCUCUGGCCCCACCUACUCUUGACUUCUCUGCCUUCUGCCCCAUCAGUUUCAAUAGGCACCAACCAUAAAUGUCAACUCCCUGGGGCCCUGGGUGCCUGAGCACUCACCAAAUUCCCCAUGCAGAGUCCGGGCACCCACAAAUUUGGAUGCCAGGGCCAUGCAUGCUGCAUAGCACCCACAGUCCCAGGCACUCACAGUCGUGGGGCCAAGUUGGCACUCCUGACACCAACUGGUACUGUAUGCCUUCCUAUCUCAAAGUACAGGGGUCAGACGUGCUAUUUUUCUAGAAAAAGAGGUAAUGGCACUCACCAUGAACACCUCCUUCUCUUAUACAGUGGUACCUCAGGUUACAUACGCUUCAGGUUACACACUCCACUAACCCAGAAAUAGUGCUUCAGGUUAAGAACUUUGCUUCAGGAUGAGAACAGAAAUCGGGCUCCGGUGGCGUGGCAGCAGCAGGAGGCCCCAUUAGCUAAAGUGGUGCUUCAGGUUAAGAACAGUUUCAGGUUAAGUACGGACCUCCGGAAUGAAUUAAGUACUUAACCCGAGGUACCACUGUAAUAGCAAUGGUGCCCACCUGAGAGGUGCUGCAACUGAGUUCCAGUGAGUUCUGGCUGGAAAAAACAACAACCUGAAGAGGUAAUGGAAUCCCCCCCCCCCAAAUGAAACUCCAUUAACUUUCCCCAGGUCAGUGCUGCCCUGCAUGCAAAUCUCCAAAUUUGACUCAAAUGUUACUUGAGGCAACAAGUGGUGGCAAAUAUACCCAAAGGACCUGUUGGCCACUCCAGACAUGUGCAACUUUGUAAGCAGCAAGGGAAAACUAUGGACCCUGAUGCUUGGCAGUGCUUUUGAGGUGUUUGGGUGAUUUUUGUUCUUACAGCUUAAAAAAAAAAAGCCACAAGAACCACCUAAAUAUUCAUGCCUAUUAUACAGAAAUGCUCAGAGCACACUUUUAACAAGCAGCAGUGGAAAGAAGGGGAAUACGGUAUGCUUCUGAAUGACGUUCGUGCAGGGGGAUGAUACACCUUCCUCAUUAGGCUAAUUGAGGACUAGACGAGGUAGCAAUUGUGCAGAUGUCACUAGGAAUUCUGUACAGACAUGCACAGCUGUCAGCAUCAACUACAAUGUCAUUGUGCUUAAUGCCUACAUUAUCUGCAUAUGACAGCCUCAAUAAUGAGAUGUUAGUCUGAGAUGGAGAAGAAAUAAUUUCUCUGCUUGUUCCCAAUAAGCUAGAUGGAUUCCUUAUAGCCUCAGAAGAUGCGGUCAGAAAUCCGUCUUGAGUUUAGCAGGGCUGCAGAAUGGGGGAUUUGCAGCAGAGGGGAACCUACAAUCAGAAAAGAGCUGAGGCAAAAUUAUCAGGAAGUGGUAAUCACAGCAAUCAGAGACAGAAAUGUGACCAAAUUUUGUCUCCAGAGGGAAAAGGAAACCAGAAUAUUUUAGCAAGUGCAAGGGGUAGGCAUUUAGUGAGUCCGAGAUAACAAGCUCCCCAAAUCUCAAUCUUAUUUGACAGUGAAACUCCAAAAGUUCUGGUCUUGCACAACAAUCAUGAUGAAAGAGGUUCCCAGGAGCACACGAUGAGCUUAAAAGAGCUUGGAAGAGUGAAGCAUUCUGAAGUUCUUAUGAAGUUCAGCAAUAAUAAUAAUAAAUGAUAAAUUACUAUUGAGCUUUAAUAAACUCCUGGCAAAAAUAUAUCAGUUAAUUCCUAUGGACGGAUAGGAAAGCUCAAAUAUAAUUUAAAACAAUAUCUCAACAAAGAAGAAAAGGAGGCAAGGUUUGCUAAAUUUAAUCACAUGUUACAAAUGCAAUGAAAUUAGCAGUGGCUAGGGCAUGGUUUAGAGACUUUAAAAUGUUAACCUUUCAACAUGUAGCUAUUAAAACAAAUUUGCAUAUUGCAUAACGGCUUCAGGUGAUAAACAGAUUUUUAGAAAUCCAAGAAACUCAACUAUUGAUGAUGUUAUAUGAAGCUAGAUGUUGUACGGAUCAAAUCUGAAUGCCAACUUUCAUUGUUAACGUCAAUGUUGUGUAGCUAGGAAAUAGCAGAUCUGGGAGAUAUACACAUACGGAAAGUACAUCACCAAUAGUGAAAACAUAACAUUUAUUAUCCUAUUUCAUCUAUAUUUUUAAAGAAUAUUUUUUAGACUGUCUGAUUUUGAAAUGUGGACAAGAAGGGACCAGAUCAAAUUUUGAGAAAGUUAUGUAACAACCAUAUGUAAAAAGUGUUAUCGUUACAUAAAGUUUUAUGGAACUGGAUUCCAUGGCAAUUAAUGAAAAUAAAGAAAUAGGAGGCAUUUACAGUGGUCCCUCUAGUUACGAACUUAAUUCGUUCCAGAGGUCCAUUCUUAACCUGAAACCGUUCUUAACCUGAGGUACCACUUUAGCUAAUGGGGCCUCCUGGUGCUGCCGCACCACCAGCGCAUGAUUUCUGUUCUCAUCCUGAGGUAAAGUUCUUAACCUGAGGUACUACUUUCGGGUUAGCAGAGUCUGUAACCUGAAGUGUUUGUAACCCGAGGUGAUUGUAACCCAAGGUAUCACUGUAUACACUAAAUCCAUUUAUUUAGAAAGAUGCAUAAACUGCUAAAUCAAAAACUCUCUAAGUGACAUGCAUGAUAAGCUUAUAGAUAAUCAGAUAAAAACAGCCCAGUAUUUAAAAAGCAAGGAUACAUGAAGUAUCAAUAAAAUCAGUAAAACUUUUAAAAAGCAAAUAUGGAUCACUAGACUACAUGCACCUUAAUGUAAAUUAUAACAUAUGUUAGUGAAAUCCUAUACAUAUCUACUCAGAAAUAAUUAAGGCUUACUCCAGGGUAGAUAGGUAUAGUCUUGCAACCUAACAGUGCAAUCUAUCUAUGUUUACACAGUAGUAAGUCCUAUUAGUUCAAGGUGUACAGAACUGCACACUAACUCAAUCAAGCUAAAUGAGAGUAAGAUCUAAACCAAGAAUGUCUGAAUUGUGGUCUUUCAGAUGUUGCUGAACUUCAACUCCCAUCAAAUCUAACAGGCCUGACAAAUUGCCUGAGAUCAUUAUAGUUGCAGUUCAGCAAGCAUCUUGAAAGCUACAGGUUGGACAUUAUUGGCUGUCAUUGCCUAAAAUGAAAAACAGAACCAGCAGACUUCAUACACAUUUAGUCAUCUCAUGGAUAGCUCUAACCAUAUUGAGAUGGGAAUGCAUAAUUGGGCUCAUUAGAGAAAUGUAAAUUACUGAAGGUCCCAAUGAUUUUAUUUUUGAAAUUCUUGAAGGAUAAAAUCAAAACAUAAGAUAUUAAGUUUGUUACACAUCUUUUAGACACUGCAAGAUUUUUAUUUUAUUUUUUUGCAGCAAAAUGUAAGGUUAAGGAGGCACCUACUAGAGAUAAAUGUUUAAAUGAAAAUUUGGCAGAUAGCAGAAAUGUUAAGACUGACUAAUUAUGUCAGAAUAAUAAAAUGGACAACAAGAUUAAUUAAUCAAAAAUGAGAAAUGUUUCUUCAAUAUUGAAGCAACAUGCAUAAUGAUUUAGAGCAAAUCUUUUCGGGGGCUUUUUGUACUGAUUAUGUAAUAAUUACAGUAAUCAUCAUUUUGCUUCUUAAACAUAAAAAACACUAGCUUGGCCAUUUAAACAAAAAAGAAACCUAGGCAGAUAAUUCCUAGUAGCGUGCUAAAUUGGCUGGAAAAUAUGUCCACAUAUCAUUAAUGUGAAAACAAUGAGGGACUGGGGAGCAGGAAGGAAAGAAUAGUGAAUGAAUGUGGGUGAUUAUUAUAAUUUGUAACCCAUACAAAAAUACAGAGAGAAAGGGAAGGGCCAUAGCUUAGUGACAGAACAACUGCUUUGUACUCAAGUUCAAUCUCCAGAUAGGAAUAGGAAAGACUUCUGCAUGAUGCCUUGGGCGUUUGGUGCCAGUCAAUAUAGGCAAUGCUAAACUAGAUAGAAAAAUGGACUGACUUCUAAUAAAGCAGCUUUCUAUAUUCCUGUGAGUUUUAGUAUGUGAACAGAUGAACCACCUCCAAUGUUUUAUCAGUUAAUUUCAAGGAAGGCUACUGAUCUGCUAAACCACAUCCCGUUUUGUUGUGGCAGCAAGAUAGCAUGCAGCUUCCUUCUCCAGAGAGGUUUAUCAAAGUUUUAUUUCUUUAGGAUAGCGGAGGUAGAAAGGACCCUAAAUAAGACUCAGGGCAGGAUACCUCCCUCCACAUCAAUCUGCCUCUAUGUAAAGAUCAUACACUCUCCAAAGUGUCCUUGUUGUCAGGAGAGAUAUUGCCUUCUUAGCUUUACCUGGCACCAGCAACAGUACUUCAUAACACUCGCUGCACUGCAAGGAUCUUGAACCAGAGCAUUCCUGACAGAUAGUUAUCCAACCUCUGCUUUGAAACCUUCUGAGGGAGCCCGUUCCACUAUCAAACAGCUCUUACCACCAGAAAGUUCAUCCUGAUGUUUAGUCGGAAUCUCUUUAGUGAUUUGAGGACCCGCCACCCACGUCAGGAUAAGAAAAGACACAUGGACGCAGAAUAUUAGGUUAAUGGGCUGAAAAAGACCACAACUUUAUUGAUUACAGCAUGUGAGAGGUUUUGGCUUAGGCAUUGGAUAAAACAAUGGAGCGUGACUCCACCCCCUCAGGAAGGGGUGAGUCUAACAAGGGUUAACCACUAGUAGGAGGAGCCUGUUGAUGCAAAUACAACUGAAAGCUCCCCCUGAUGUCACCAGGGGUCGUGCCAUGGCCCUAGCCACCAGCAAGGGCGUCAGACAGGAUCCACGACCGCCGGAUUCCUUUAACGGAAUACCCAUAAAGCAAUGAGAUGAAAGCGUUGCUGCGGCCACAUUUUGAGCGGCUAAACCCCGCCCCCAAGCCUCCCUCCGAUUGGAUGUCUGCCAGGGGCCGCAGCGCGGCAACAGGAACAGCAAAGCAGGGGAUGGCACGCCCCCUGCUAAAGGUGGGAAACGGUUCCCACUCACAACUCCUCCCCUCUGGGAAGAGGAGAGGCUUUCUUAUAACUUGAAGCCACUGGUUCAAGCCCUACUCUCCAGAGCAGGAGAAAACUAAGCUUGCUCCAUCCUCCAUGUGACAACCUUUUAGAUAUUUAGCCAUGAAGAUGGCUAUCCUACCUCCUCUCAGUCUCCUUUUUCCCAGGCUAAACAUACCCAACUCCCUCAACCGGUCUACAUAAAGAUUGGUUUCCAGACCCUUAGUCACCUUGGCUGCCCUCCUAUGUACAUGUUCCAGCUUGUCAAUAUCAUUCUCAAAUUGUGGCACUCAGAACAGGACACAGUAUUCCAGGUGUGGUCUGACCAAGGCAGAAUAGAGUGGUAAUAUUGUUUCCCUUAUCUGGACUCUAUACUUCUGUUGAUGGAGCCUAGAAUAGCAUUAACUUUGGAAGAGUGGCCCUACUGUUGGUCCACCUGACCAGUCCCAGUGAGCAUUUUGUACUGUCUGUUGCAUAAAGUAUAACGUAAUCACAAAGCAGUGUGUAGUUCCCUUUUCUUGGAGAGAGAAAGCAAUAUCUAAAUCUCAGGGGCUCAUGAAAUUUCUCUGUAGAAUCUGGGAUAGCCAACGUUUUCAUUUGCCUUGAACUCCUGUGCCUAAAAGAACAGCCUAGCUGUUCAACUUCCUUAAUUUCCACAUGGGCGUACUAAUAAGGCUAAAAAGAUAAUGGUCAUAUCAUGGUGCUUCAUACAGAAAGGAACUUUACAGUAAGAAUUAAAUGGUUACAUCUAGAUCUGGUUGUAUGUGUUAAUGCAAAUGGCCAGCAGACUGAGCCUAAGCAUAUUUACACAGAAGUAAACCCUACAGAUUUCAAUAGGAUUUUCUCCUUAGUAACCAUACACAGGACUGCAGUCUCAGACAAGCUUUUAAAAUGACUGCAGCGAAUAAGCCCAGCAACUUCUUCACUUUUUAGCAAAGUUUUAGUAAUAAGUAUGCAGGCUCAUUCCUUGCCCAGACAAUAAUAUAGGCCUCAGUUUAGCAAACAGUUAGGCGAAUGCUUGCAAGCCAUACUAAACAGAGAUGGACUUAAAUGCACGCUUGAGUGCUUUUGCUGAGUGUGGGAGCUGCAAAAUACAAGCUGGUUAAAUGAUCCUUACAAUGGUGUGAUUAUAUUUACUACUGUUAUGAGUGUUUUACAUGGGCAGCUCUAAUGAAGCCUCCUGACCGUAGUGUGAACUAAAAGCCACAAGAGCAUUCAAUGAAACUAAGAGGAUGCAGUAGCCAGUCUCUUUCAAAUUAAAAAGGUUCUCUGUAAUGAACUAGCUUUAAACUACUGCAGUAAGGAGAAGGAGGAAAAAAGUUUGCUUGUAUUUUGUUCUCCAGUCCUUCAAAGUAGGGAUCUUAAGAACAUUGGAGGAGCGUUCUAGACCACACCAAUGACUCAUCUGGUCCAGCAUCCUGUUCUCACAGUGGCCAACCAGUGGCCAGUGGAAAACCCCAAAGAAGGACCUGGACGCAACAGCACUCUCCCUUUUUGUGAUUCCCAGCAACUGGGAUUCAGAGGCAUUCUAAUGUGCUGAAGACCAUUUAGUUUGUUGCUCUAGGACUUUCUUCUGCUAACUGUACUGGUAGCACUCACAAAACCAUUGGUGGAACACCACCACUGCUUAUAAUUUUUCUGUUAGUGUAAAGUUUUAUAUAGCCCGUUGACAUGGUUCGCAUAAAAUGCUAAGCCAUGGUUUGCUUAGUCCAAGGGUGCAUUGUUUGAGCAUUCAAACCCAGCCCAGCAGACUAACCACAACAAGCCACACUGUGAAGCCACACUUAUUUGCUGGCUUAGAAAACACAACUUAUUUUAACUCCAGUUUGUCAUUAUAAGCCUUGCCUAACUACGGUUUGUUUGGGCACUGCGCUCCAGAUCCUGACAAAGCUAUGAGGGAAGAGCAGCAAUAAAACAUAUCAAGUUGUGAGGAAAUAAGCAGUGACCAGUUUGCUUAUCUGUGACUUGGUUUGUUGAACAAACGAUGGUUAAAACUAACCAUUGCUUUGCACUAUGUCCAGACACAGUCACUGUGUUUCAAAUAUGUUUACUGGUUAUGGGGAAGUAAUAUUAAAAGGGGCCCUUAGAAGAGUACUUAAAAUGUAGUGGUGAUCAGAAAAUAAAAUAAAUCGCACUGGCCAUAGACAACACCAUAGGAAUGUCUAAUUCCUCUUCAUUUCUUCGCCAUCCCAUAUUUUAUAGCUUCCUUAUGAAAAAUGACUUCUUUCAAGACCUGUCAGUUGUAAAGUGUCUCCUGGCAGAGUUUGGCACAGCAGGCUGUUAAAGGCGCUAUUAUCUUGACAGCUGCUGCAGGUUUUACAGCUCUCUAGAAUGACAAUAAUUUGUUUGUUUCAUAUUUAUAUAUUUAAAGAAAGAAUAAAAUGAUUUUCCUCAAAAAAUAUCAUUAACCUACACCAUUUAUUAUAAAAGAAAUUGGACAGAGUACUGGCCUCCCUUGAAUUUAUAAAGAAAGUCAUCCUCCUCCCCCAUUCCAACUUCCCAUAAUUUUUAAGUAGCCAGUUUUUAAUUUUGGGAAUACUCACAUCUUUCUACACUUGAGGUGCACUAACUUUGGCAGCCACUGAUAUAAUUUGAAUAUGAUUUUAGAGUGAGGUCAGAACAGGGGCGUCAUCUCCUAGGGGCCAAGCCCUUUCGGGCCAAUAUUUUUGGGGAGGGGCCACCCCCUAAUGUUCAAUGCAGGUGGAGGAUUCCGAGUGCAGGAGCCACAGAGGGGAAGGAGUAGAGAGGAAGCCCCCAAUCAGUGGCAGCAGCAGCUGGAGGAAGAGGAGUCACCAGCCACUGAAGCCACACUUUCAGUAUAUCCAGCUCCGUCCACCGAUGUCCUGACAUCAUGCAUGCAACUUCACACAUGCAACUUUGGGGGCCUCAUUCUCCCUCAGAGUUGGCACUUCUGAGUAAAUAAAUCCUGCACAAAACUCAAGGAUUAGAAGGAUUGAUAAUAUAGGUUUUACAAUACUUUUUCAACGACCCACCACGUGUACCAUAUAUUUCCCCAAUGAAACAAUCUUUUUCUGGCACCAAAAAAUAGCAAAAGAGGCGCAGGCAAGUCUUGCUAGGGAUUUUUAUAAGCAGGGAGUUAAAAAACAAACAAAAUAACCUCUGCCUAGUAACAACUCACAUUGUCUCCAAUGACAAGGGUGCCCUAAGAAAAGCUUCCAUCGAUGACUUUGGAAAUUGAGCAGGAUGGUGUGGGAAUAGACCAACAGUGGGAAAUUUCUACCACAUGGGACACAUGGGAGUCUUCUCUUCUCAUGAGGUGGCCAAAGUAUUGGAGCCUCAGCUUCAGGAUCUGUCCUUCCAGUGAGCACUCAGGACUGAUUUCCUUAAAAAUGGAUAGGUUUGAUCUUCUUGCGGUCCAUGGGACUCUCAAGAGUCUCCUCCAACACCAUAAUACAAAAGCAUCAAUUCUUCGGUGAUCAGCCUUCUUUAUGGUCCAGCUCUCACUUCCAUACAUCACUACUGGGAAAUCAUUCCUUUGCACCUCUGUUUAAAUCUGGCACUGAAUGCAAGCUCCAGUGGUUUCAGGCAGGAUUAGUUCAACUCAGAGCUCUGCCUUGCAAUCAGCACUGUUUAAAUUUGCUGCUGAAUGCAAGCCCCCCUGACACCAUAUGAUUGACAAGUCAAAUAUGGCCCAUGUGAGGUGGCCACUUUUUGAUCUGGCCUACCAAACAAACGUGGUUCUGCCUCCUUUGAAAUGACACCUUUUGGUUUCCAAAUCAUGGCAGGGUUCAACCCUAAGCACUAAUACUGAUUCCCUGUACCCUGCUCCAGAAACAAAUUUGAGCACAGAACUACACUUUGGGGGGCCCCGAAGCUCGAACUGAUAUGGGGGCCCCUUCACAACCAGCAACAACGUCUGGGUAACCACUGUUAUCUUCAGUGGGUUUCUUCCAUAACGGAUCACAACUUUUUAAAUAUUAAUAAUAAUUGGCUGCUACAUCUUAGAUCUUGAUUAGAAUUGUUGUUCUGGAUUAUCUCACAUGUCAAAGGCACUGGAGUGAAUUAAAAAAUCCUAUGCCUUAUUGUUUUUGAAUUAGAGCUCAGUUGCCCACACAGAUUCCAGUUCUUCAACGAUUGCACAAGUUUAUUUAUUCUGAUUGCGAUUAUAUCCCUGUGGAUUUUUGUUGGUGGUAAUUUCUAAUGGGGGAUAUCCCUUUAGUGUUCUUUUAAAAUCAGUGCUGCUAUCACAGUAGGACUCUUUGGGGCAGAGAUAUGAAACCCCACUACAGAAAAUGAGCAGGAGCCCCCCCCCCCAUACUAGGCAGCCGAUGUGACACAAUUUGAAGCAAACGAUGUAACAUGCAUUACCAUCCAAAGAGGGAUGGCGCUCUAUAUAAAACUAUAAAGUGCAGCAUCUAAAAUUAUCUAGUUGCAUCACUGUUAUAAACAUGCAUUAUCGUCCAAGGAAAGAAGUAAACAGGCAGCACUUAGCAAUGAUUGGCUUCCCUGGCACAGACAUGGGAAGAGGAUUUGCACUAAGUUUAACUAGAACCUAAGUCCAGACAGAGUACCUCAGCAGGGAUUCUGUUUGCAAAAGCAUUUAUAGGCCAUGAUCUUUUAAGAAAUAUUAUCAGUUUAGUUAAAUAGAUUUUAGUAAGUUUCAGCAACCUAUGGAUGUGUGUGUGUGUGCGCACGCGCGCGCACGCACAAACACACACACACAUGUAAAUGAGCCAGCCAUUGGUCCAGCUAGCUCCAUACUGUCUACAGUGACUGGAGCUGGUAUCGUUGACUAAAGUGGUAUUAAGGACAUAAAGCUAAGGUAAAACUAAUCUUUAAGUACCCAGUUUUUCAGUCAUGAUUAAUGGCCCUUCCUUAGAUCCAAUUUGUUUACAAAUUCAGCUGAGACUGAAUGCCCUUUCCUCCCUUACUCUGCACUUGCCUUGGAACUUCUUGCAUGUGUCAUGAGGGCAAGAUUCUUCAGACUGGAGGUAGAAGAAAUGGAGAUCAAGAAUUCAGGUUUAUGCUAAUGAUGCAUUUCAAAUUCAGUUAGAUCAAUAGCCAAACUGCUUCAAGUGAUAGACUUCUUUGGACUGCACUCCGGCUACAAAAUUAAUUGGACCCAAAUGUCAAUUGUUGGACUUUCGGGUCAGCGCCAUCAGUGAAUGGCGGAGUUCCUCCGACUGGAGGAACUAGCUCCGUGAAAACUGGGUCUUCCCGCCGCGGCGAAGGCGGGGACCUGCUAGAAAUCCCAGGCGGAGGAAGCCUGGGAACGUGGAGUUCGGCAGGGCACCAGAAGCGCCCCCCUACUCACCGGGAACCCCUUUUUGGGGCGCCGGAGCAAAGUGGGGUGAGCGGCGCGGUGCUGCGAACUGAUUGCUACUUUCACGGAGUGAAGCCACACAGCCAUUGCCGGAGAGCGCUGACUUUUUCCUGUGGACAAUUGGAUUUAAAACAAGUACCCGUGAGUAGAAACGGAAAAUUGGAACAAGAAAUAUCUUAAUUUGACAUUGAAGCGGGAAGGUGCAAAACAGGAAGUCCGCCUUCCGCUUUUUGUAUAUAGACUAAAGCAAAAACUUUGUAAGCUAAAGCCUGGAAAGCUGUCAAAAAAGUCUAAAUUUCCUUCAUUCAGAACUACUGAAACCCCCUUGGAAACAGGAGAGAGGGGGGGGAUUUUGUUUAACCCCUGCAGGAGAGGGAGUGGGAAGGAUGAGUUUCCACCGUCUCUAACCUGGGAACGGGGUGUCAGAGACAGAAAUUGUAGGUUCAUUGACUGUGAAUGGAAUAUUUUGACAGAUAGUUAAAGAAGAGAAACAAGCUGAUUCCAAUGUUGCCUUUUGCAUCUUAAAGAAACAAAAUAUCCGGAAAAUAUCUGAAAAACGAAAGUAAUUUUCCUUUGUUGGACUUGCCUUAAAAAAAAAAAAUGGAUACAAAUAGAAAUUGCCUCCUCUAGAGGGAGCUUGUUAAAUUGUUGCAGCAGUAUACUUGAGGACUCAACAGCUGUGAGAUUAAGACCGUGGGAACAGUCUUUUCUGACCUUGCCUAAAGAUGAGCUGGGAGGAAGAUUGGGUGCUUGCCUUAUGCAAGACAAGUGCCCUGUUGGAACAGAUGCAUGAGAAGAUGGACUUGAUGAAUGAAAAAAUGGAUUUGACUGUUGUGGUUAAUAACUGUGGACAAACAGGGAACAUUGACACAGAAAUUAUUCAGGGACCAACUCAUGAAUCUGUACUGACUGGGCAAGAUCAGAAGAUAAUGGAGGAGGAUGCGGUUGCACCUCAAAUAAUACAAAUGGAGAGACCUGAGGCCCUACAGGAGCAUAAGCCGCUGUCAUUGAAGAUUGAAGUUGGAAUGGGCCAGGGGGAGUCUGGUGCUGAGGAGGUUCCUAACUUUGGAGAGACCUUGAAAUAUGAUUUUAAAUACCUUUUGGAUUUUAUCGAGGACUGUGGGGAGUGGGACUUUGGGGAAUGGGUGGGUUUGAUGAAGGGAGAUGGAGACAAUUCUGGGUUGGAACCCCCCAGAGAACUACUCCUCAAUGAGAAAGGAAAGGAAUUAAGAAAGAGACCAACAAAAGACAAGGAAAAGGGCAAGUACAAACAAGAAGAAGAAGAAAUGCAGAAGAGACAUGGAAGAGACUUAAGGGCCUCGGACAUAAGGCUUCCAGGUUGAUGGACCAGAUGGAUUGGACAGUAAGGACUGACACGAUCCGAGACCAGGAAGAUGAGACGUUGGAUGAAGAUUGGAAGAAAAUUUAUAAAGGAAACUUUUUAUUUAGGGAAUUUGCUAAAAAUUAAUGAAUAUUAGGGAAAAUGUUGGAAUGAAACUAUAUGACUCUAGCAGAAAUGAUAUCAGGAGUUAUGUAUAUUUGAAAACUAAGAUUUAAGCUUUAAGGUAUUUUAGGGUAAGAUAAGGUUAAAUAAAUUAAGGUAAUUUGAAUAACAGAAUAUGGGGAAAGAUGGUAAGGAUUUGCUGAGCUAAUUAUUAAGUUAAACUGCCAAGAUAAAUUUUUUAACAAAAAUUGAGAAAGAUGGAAAGAAUUUGCUGAAAUAACUAAUUAAACUAGAAUACAAAAAGGGAGGUGUGAGGAGGUCAAUGAAACAAGCAAAUGGAAGUUAUAGAUGUGUAAUUUGGGAUCUAUGUUGUUUUCUUUUUUCUUUUGUUUUCCAUUUUUCUUUUUUUCUUUUUUUGUUGUAUUGUUGUUUCUCUUUUUCUCUAUGUAUUAUAGUGUUGUUUUUAAUUUUUCUUUUUUCUUUAUAACUUUAAAACUACUAAUAAAUAUUAUUAUUUUUUAAAAAAAUGUCAAUUGUGAAGCCUGGAUAUGUUUACUCAUAGGCAACCCUCCAAUAAGUGGCUGUCAAAAUGGCAGCAUUGGUGAUUAAAAUAUUUAGUGCUUAAGAUCCUGCAGUGUGAGUCAGAGACAGCCACUACACAAAGAGGUGGUAGCUGGUUCCUUCCACAUCGGGAGUCUUCCAAAAGCCAAUCAAGAGGGGUCUCCAAUUCUCUGGAUUCAGUUUUCAAGAGCAUGGGUGUCUGCAGGCGGGGGGCACAAGGAGAACCACUCCCUACAUAAGCAUAUUUUACUUCUGCUCACAGAGAAGGAUAAUAGAAUCCAAGCCAUUAUUAGCACCAACUUGGCCUCUGUCUACAGUGUAAUGUUUCCAACCAUCAGAACAGACAGAGGAAAAUGGCAAGGACUCUCUCUCUGUGUGUACUGGAAACAAAUGGAAUAUAUGUUGUUAGGACAAGGAGAGAGUGGUUUUCAACAGGUUGUCUCUUUGAUGCUUUAUUUAGGGACUGUAUAGAAGCUGAACCUGUUUAGUACCUAAUAUUUGAAUUCUUCUAGGCUUUAAGGAGUUCAUUGUGUUGAGAAAUUACAUAUCAUGUCAUGAGAAAGGGCUGUGGGCUUCUGAAAAGACCACUGCACGAGAGAGCCCCUUGGCUAUUAGCCAAUCCUCUGAAGUCACACACUGAGUAAGAGUCAAAUUGGAAUGUUGGUGACGUCAUCUUAAGGCACCAAAAACAGUAUGUAAAGCCCAGUAGUUGCCCAGCUUAGUGGAGAUCCCAACACAGAGACCAUAAGAGAGUGCGAGGAGUUUGGUACCAUUAUUUGAAGGAAGGGAUUUCCCACAACUGAUAAAGGACCCAUAAGAUAUACCUGCUUUUCUAUGCUUUGUGUUUUAUAUUAUCUUCUAAGAAAUAAAACCCGUUAAAGUACAACAUGUUGUUUCUUUUCUUGCUGAAUCUAAAAGAACCCCUUGCCCCUUGACAAAUCAAUGUGGUUGGUUAACAGAGCAUCUUUACCCCAGAAAUACUGCAUUUGCAACGGAUACAGCCAUUAACUAAUCUUUAUAGCCCUUACACAUGUUCUGUUGCCCUUCCCAUAUAUCAUUCCUUCAGAAAGCAAGCACUUUGAAUAAAGGUACUGUAUACUAUUUGUUUACAAAGCUCUUAAAAGUUGCCUCUGUUGUGCAACUGUACCUAUUUCACUGUUGUUUGUUCAAAUCUAUGGAAAACCGUCAAUGUACUUUCCUUCCAAGUUGAAAACCAACAUUUCAGUGAUCACCUCCCAAUAGUGACCACUCUGUCAUUGUUCCGGUACCAGAAGGAUUAUAAACACUCAGUCCCUCUGGAAACCUCAUCAGCGACCAAAAUAAGUGGGAUCAAAUGGUCGGAGGCUGUGGCCCAAAAAUACCAGGAUUUUUUCCAUAGGGAAAUCACUACCUAUUUACCUCAAAUAGCUACUGAUUUACAAGAUUCCAAUUCGGUUUUGAAAUUUUUUAACCUUCUUACAACAAACCUUACCACUUUUUUUACAUUACCUCCCCAAAAGGCGAAAGUAGCGCAUUGCAGUGCUGGGGCCCCUUGGUUUAAUACCUCUUGCAAACAAGCAAGAUCCCUUCUUCGUUCCAUCUAUAAUGAAUACAAAAACUCUAAUACCCAGGCUCUACCAUCCUCCUAUUUACAAGCCAAAAGAGCAUACAAACAGACUUUAAAGCUGGCCAAACGUGAGUGGUAUCUAAAGCGUUGGCGAGCCUUGAUUGCGGCCUCUAGAUCCCGCAGACCACAGGAAUUUUGGGCUUUGAUAAACAAAAGAGGAAGGAAGUACCCACUGACGAUUAUCCCUGCGCCCACAUGGGAACAAUUCUUGAGCAAAUAUUUCUCCUUGGCAGAGGAAUCCAACUCAUCCACUGAAUUCCGAGCCGACCAUCUACCUUUGUGGCCCUCUACCGACCCAGACCUGAUAAUGGACUUGAUAUUAGAUCUGAAAACGGGCAAAGCCCCCGGGCUGGAUCUAGUCCCUGCUGAGGCUAUUCUUGCGCAACCGAGGUGGUGGGCUGAAAUCCUGGCCAAAGUCUUUGAUGCAAUUAAUUCUACGGGGCUUAUCCCUAGGUCAUGGAAGGAGGCCGUGAUCGUGCCAGUCCAUAAAAAGGGUCCCCCUGCUGACCCGGAGAACUAUCGGAACAUCAGCCUUUUGUCUAUCAUCGGGAAAAUCUAUGCAAAAUUUUUGCUGUCCAAGCUGUCCAAUUGGGCAAACGACUCAAAUUUGAUUGGCCACGAGCAAGCGGGCUUUAGGAACAAUUAUUCGACCACUGACCAUAUGGUAAUCAUGUAUCAUCUUGCCAGAAAAUAUUCUGCCCCGAGUCGGGGGCGCCUAUGUGUCGCUUUCAUAGACCUAAAGGCCGCCUUCGACAGUAUCCCAAGAAACUGUCUAUGGAAGAAAUUAGAGAGAUGGGGCAUAGAUAGAAGGCUGUUAUGGCUCAUAACCCAAUUACACCAUGGGUCGUCGGCUAGAGUGAGACUCACACCGGCGGGAAACCUAUCCAACGAGGUCCCAAUAAAUAGAGGUGUGCGCCAAGGUUGCAUUUUGGCCCCACUCCUCUUCAACUUGUUUAUUAGCGAUAUGAAGCUCUUUCUGAAUGAGUCUCAAGCCAACAUUCAUGCCCCCGCCUAGCUGAUUUUCGCUGCCCUCUGCUCUUAUAUGCCGACGAUGCAGCGAUCCUUUCCUACUCUAGAGUCGGUUUAUGCAGAGCUCUAAAGAUUUUUGCGGCUUAUUGCAAACUCAACCAUCUGACAAUUAAUCAUGGGAAAUCUAAAGUCCUGGUCUUUACCAGGUCUCGGAAAACUUACAGCUGGAAGUUAGAUGGAGUCCAAUUAGAACAAGUUUUCAAAUUUAAAUACCUGGGAGUCUUUUUCACUACAACCUAAGCUGGAAGCCACAGAUACAGUAUUUACUAAACAAAGGGAAAACAAUACUUUAUACUCUACUCCAAUUUUUUGCGGCCGACGGAGCCUCCCACAUCCCUUCUGCAUUGAAGGUGUACCAUGCAAAAGUGGUUUCCACCCUCUGUUAUGCUGCCCCGCUCUGGGCCCCAGGGUCCAAUUUAACAUCGUUGGGGACAUUGCAGAAUCAGUUUCUCCGUCGCCUCCUGAAACUCCCCAUGUGUGUGAGCAACGCAGCCAUACGUCUGGAGUUAAGGAUUGCAUCAUUGGAGACGGUCAUCUGGAAGCGAGUCUUUGGUUAUUGGCUGUCCAGCUGGCACAGGCUUCCCAACCAUUACCUUUUCAGUGCCUCUGGCGGGACGACUUUGUCAAUCCGUGGGUAGGAAAAAUCCAUGCCAAACUUCUGAGCAUCGGAAUUUCCCCAGCGGACUCCUUAAAGAUGAACUUACGCUCAGCCAAAAGACUUAUUGAGCAGAGAUUAGCAGACAUUGAAAAUCAACACAACCUCGCCGGGGUGAGGGUGUCUGCUCCCCAGGUAUCACGGAAUAACCUCACCACUUGGCCUUCCAUCAUACAUGUCAUCUCUUUCAUCUGUACCACACCGACAUGCAUUUAUUCGUGCAAGGUUCAAUGUCUUUCCAUCGAACCUGCUGAGCCACAGAUUUUCCAAGGGUUUGGUGUCUCCGCUAUGCGUGUGUGA